UGUGGUGAAAAGAGGAUCUCUCUACUCUGUUUUUUCCUUGAGAAAGAGGCAGGAUGAAAGAGAGGAGAGAGAAAAGGAGAGAGUAGAAACAGGAAGCGGAGGGGAAAACGGAGACGCCGGCCACACACUGGGCACUGGGAUCUGAGCGAGGAUGCAUGCAUGCAGGAGAAAAUCGAGAGCUUUCACCAAGGGAAAAAAAAACAUCAAAAGUCAGAAGACAAGGUAGGCGUCCUCCGACUGCAUGCACGCUGAUGCAGAUGGUCUGUUUACCGGAGAAAGCAGAACAAACACAGGAGAUGAGCACCGGGGGUCUGCAUGGAAGUCACCGAGAGGAAGGAACCUUGGAGCACCUGGAACUGGAAAGGAGACCGACGACGCGCGAGCUUGGAGGAGAGGACGAAAAAAACGGUCUAGCAAGAGAAGCGAACUGGAAUCUUCUGUCCUUGCUUCCAGCGCGCCAGGAAAUCGCGUUCUCCCUUGGAGAUAAAGAUACAGAAACGAAGCCGCAGAAAGAAACAGAAAGAGACCCUAGGGAGCUCGAAGUGUAGAGAGAGACAGAGAGAGGUAAAUGCGAUUCUGACAAGGAUUUACGUCAACGGGUCGACACAGAGAGGUAGAGAAACGUAUAGAAACGCGUCGACAAUCUGACAACCGUCGGAAAAGGAGAUCCUUCAGGACGAAAAAAGGUAGAGUUAUGACACCUCCAGAGAAAAAUCAACAUGGAGACGACAGAGGCAAACCGUCGCUGCCGGAGUCGACAGACUCCCUCGGAAGACCGGACGCAGCGAAGUGCCUUCUUCGGCCUUUCGAGAGAGAGAGACGCAACCGUCAGGUGUCUGUACACAUGAAUCUGAGAACUCUCUUCGGCACAUUCACGAGUUGGAGGCAGCGUCCAUCAUGUGGAUGAGAGACAGAACGUUAGAUUUGUUUGUCUCGACGAUGCAGCCGUCCAUGACCAUUUCGUCGAGAAUGAAAUGCGCUUUCUCCAAGUGGAACAUGAUGUCGAGUUCACAGACAUUUUCGAAAAACUUGUCCAGGGUCUCGACGAGGCAGUGAAUAAAUUCGAGAAUCGCCAGUUCGUUCAGCUCCUCGUCCUUCACACCGACAAUGAAGUAAAGACUCGCAUAUCUGAGAAAACAGGCGCGCACCACAUCCUGUACGAGAAAAACGCGUCUGACGAGCCUGAAGACUUCCAGGAGACCGCGGAUGAGCUCAAAAGGAAACUGCGCAUGUUCCUGCAGAAAGAACUUCUUUCUGUCUGCAGAGUCCCCGACGCGGGCGUCCUGGGGACAGCGCGCUGCGACAUGAAGAUCGAUUUACACGGCGACUACCACAGUGAAGGCAUUACGAUGUUCGCUCCGCUUGCAUGCAAGCAUAUGUUUUCCAAUACGGACGCCCCUCUCCGGCAAACAGCCGCACAAGUUGCGGAGACGGAAAAGCCGUUGGAGGGUCGCAAGGGACGCGGCUGUUUCUCCGUCGACCCAUAUAUCAGUGCGAUUUCCUGGCAAGCCGAGCAAAGCCUUGCGAAGGCGAUCCUUUCUGCUCCGCUCUAUUGUCUUUCUAAAGACUCUACACAGAAAAGAGCUCUUGGGAGCGGUCUUUCGUGUCAGCAAAGCUGCGACUCUGAGCUGUAUGUACACCCGCGUCUUUGCGAGUCCAGGCACAAGACUCGUUUUCGAGACAGCCGGGCGCGACAGUCGAAGACGCCGAGAGGCGAGUCUGUCCAGAGGGCGAGAGAGGAAGCGAGCAAGAAUGCAACAGGGGAAGCCUGUCCCGCGAAAGCACUCGGAGACUCCAAUCAUUUUCUAGAGACCUGCAAACGCAGCGAGGGCGGCUGGUCGGUAACAGGCGCGUUUCUGCUGUCUGUACACCGCGCGUAUAAAGGAGACUUUCCCGUGUCCGGCAGGAUGGUGCUCGUGCAUCCUUUGGGUUUGACAGCCCUCGCUGCAAAAUAUGUCUGUUUUCUUCCGUCUCCCGGUAUCUUCUCUUCUUCGUUUCUCCUCGGAUGCACGCGACUCUUCAACUCGUUUGCACCAGUGGACGGCGGCUCUCGUCUACCUCCUCUCUCGACAGCAGCUCUUCCUGCUUCGAGCUGCCGCGUCGUGUGCAGGGGCUGGGGCAGAGUGCCUGAGGCGAGGAGACUCUUCCCGGGAGCUGCCUCCGGACACCGAGAGCACGGAGGCAAGGGAGGACGCAGAGACAGGUCGACGGCAAGCAGAGAGACUGGGUGCAUGCAAGGAAGCGUAGCGGCGGUAGGGGCGUCCUUGAAGCCCAGUCUGUGUAGCUGGAGUCCAUGUUUUUCAAUUCCUCCCAACGCAAAUUUUCCAAAGAUCCCUCUGUGUCUCGCAAGGAAAGUUUCGACAAACGCGCGAGGUUUCUCGGGGAGCCCCCAAGCCGUCGAGGGCGGGCGAGGCGGCGGUGGCACAUCGACUCCAACAGGCAGUGCCGCGUCUGGCGAGAAGUCUCCUGUCUCUGACGUCGAUCGCAGUUUUGUACAACGCUUGAGCGAAGCUGGAGGCGCAUCUAUUCUUGACGGAAAAGCGUUUUUCCUUGUCGACGUCAGAGAACCGGCAGAGCUUCAGACUCUAGGGUGCAUACCCGGAGCGGUGAACAUUCCUCUCGGGCGCCUUGAGGAGGCUUUCAGAAUGCAUGCAAAGUGCUUUGAGGAAGAAUUCCACCGUCCGAAGCCCGAUCCAGACGUCACUAUCGUUGUCUACUGCCAAAGAGGUAUCCGAUCAGCGAGGGGCUGUGAAAUGCUUGCACAUUUGGGUUUCCAGACGCUGAACUACCGCGGCUCUUACUCGGACUGGAGUGCUGCCCUUGAGGCUGAGAAAAAGUGAAAAUUCUUUUUCGCAGGGCG